AUGUCCAGCGAGGCUGAAGAUGAGGAUGAUGACGACAUCAACAAUCAGGCAUCUCCAUCACCUCUGAGGCCUCCAUUGUCUAUACAGACCCCUGCACCCCCUGCUCCCACCCACGGGUCUUCAACCCCAAGACGAGACAUUCGGGAUAGCAUGUUUGUUCGCAUUUUGACCUUCCUUGAGGAGGUGAAAGACACACAGAGGAACCAUGGGAGGAUUCUCCAUGCACUUCUCCAAGAUCGACACAACAUUGCCAACCCUGUUUGUUCUACUCCAGAGGGUUUCCCCCUCAAGACGGUUAAUGAAGUCGACUGCAUGGAAGAAAAACUGGCAAACCCCACCUUCAUGUCAGAACUGAUUGCAGCUGUGGUGGACAUUGGAGGGGGCACUGUUGACGGGGCCACGAGAAGGAUGAUGGCGUUCCUCAUUGACCACAACCUAUCCAGACAGUACAACUUCGUGGGGAGAAAUGGCAAGAGAGGAUUCAAGCCCCUCAAGCUGUUUGAAGUAAUUUAUGGAGCCUUGAAGAAGAAUGCAAUGACCAGUCAGAUCACCAGAAAGGACGCAGAGAAGGCGGUCUCGAAGUGGCUGAUUGGUGCUAGGGACCGGGGGGGGGGGGGGGGGGGCAAUCGACAGGCCCGUCAGGCCAGAGAGGCAGCCCCUCAGGAAAUUUAA